UUGGUCGGUCAGGUCAAUAGAUACACUUGGUGCUCUCCUGUAAAGGUGCAAGCUUUCCGCAUCGUCGCUGACAAAGAAGGGCACUAGAUAGAUAAAGCCACGUACCGGCGAACCCUGAAGAACGUUCCUUGUUCCUUAGCCACGAAUUAACCGGCCGGCCGGCCAUUCCAUUCUCCCACGUCUUUAGUUUGAAACAGAACACAGAUCGGAGUGUGCUCUGGCUUUUUCGAGGUUAAGCAACUUGCGCCGCCGACUUCUCUCCCAGCUCAGCUGCCGGCAGUAACAACCCUUCUCAUCGGCUAACAAUCUUCCCACAUGAUUUGAACUUCUAACCGAGCUUUUAUGCAAAAGAUUGGAGAAAUCUGUAUUGACACUCGACAGUGACACAUGGUACUGUAAAUCAUAAUCAGAAUUUCUACUCAUUUUUUUCCUGUUUUUCUUGAUUGAGUGGAAGAGCACAUUCCAGAGAACAUCAAGGAGGCAGCAUCAGACCAAUAAUCGAUACUUUAUUUUCAAGAAUUAUGCUUUUCCGGAGGUAAAGCGGGCUGCAGCCAACCGCAGAUGGCCACACUGCCUUCCCUCGAAGCGCCUCCCAAUUUUCAAUGGCGGAAAUGAAAGAAGCGACGCAAGGGAGGCGAGACAAUGGCAGGCUUGGCCCACUCCCACCAUCAUUUCAAAAGCUUCUCCUUUUCCCCAUUUCCUCUUUAUUUCGGGACCCCUCCAUUAGCUUAGCCUCCUUUUAACUCCAUUACUUCAUUCCCUUGCUCUCCUUCUUGCUCCACUUUUGCUUUCCCUCCCGUUCGGACACACACUAUACUCUCUCCUCCUCUCUCUUGUCUUCUCCGGCGAGUUGGUGGUAGAUUGCGGCUGCUGCUAGUGCUGGUGGUCGGAAUCGAUGGGUACUCCGUACCACCUCCAGUCUCCAAGAACCAUCGUCACCAAGAUCAUCAGCAUGAAGCAGCAGGCGCCGGCGCUGCCGGAGUCGGAGGAGUCCAAGCUCAUCCUGCAGCCGCGGCACACGACCACGCCGGCGAUGUGGUGCGCCGCCAUCGUCUGCUUCGUCUUCAGCGUCCUCCUCAUCCUCACCGGCCUCAUCAUCCUCAUCGUCUUCCUGACGGUGAAGCCCAGGACGCCCUCCUUCGACGUUGCCAACGCCGCGCUCAACAGCAUCUACGUCGGCUCCCCCUCGGCCUACUUCAACGGCGACAUGGUCCUCGUCGCCAACGUCACCAACCCCAACCAGAAGAUGGGCGUGUCGUUCCACUCCGGCACCAUGGAGCUCUUCUUCCGUGGCAGGCUGGUGGCGGCGCAAGCGCUGCCCUCGUUCGCGCAGAGGCGGGGGCAGUUCACCGUCGUCAACGUCCACAUGGUGUCCAGCCAGGUGGAGCUGCCGCCGGAGGUGGCGAUGGAGCUGGUGAACCAGAUGAAGAGGAACAAGAUCCUCUACACCAUCAGGGGAUCCUUCAAGGUCCGGGAGAAGUUCUGGUCCUGGCACUACAGCUACCGGAUGACUGCGAUCUGUGACCUGGAGCUCACUGCACCUCCAUCUGGAGUUCUUCUUGACAGGAGAUGCACAAUAUCAAAGUGAUUUGGCUACUGAUUUUUUUUUUUUUGUUUUUUUCCUUGUAUCAUACUAUUUUAGAGGUUUGUAUACCAUGGAAAUUGGGUUAAGGCGAAGCAAAACUAAACUACAAAUUACUGA